CGCCGCGCCGCGCCCGCUCGGCCCCUCGCUUACCGUCGGGCCGGGCGGCAUGAGGCGGGGGCUGCCGCUGCUGGCCCUGGCCGGGCUGCUGCUGCUGGGGCGGCCGCCCGCGGCCCGGGGGGCGGCCUGCGAGCCGGUGCGCAUCCCGCUCUGCAAGCCGCUGCCCUGGAACAUGACCAAGAUGCCGAACCACCUGCACCACAGCACGCAGGCCAACGCCGUGCUGGCCAUGGAGCAGUUCGAGGGGCUGCUGGGCACCAACUGCAGCCCCGACCUGCUGUUCUUCCUGUGCGCCAUGUACGCGCCCAUCUGCACCAUCGACUUCCAGCACGAGCCCAUCAAGCCCUGCAAGUCCGUCUGCGAGCGCGCCCGCGCCGGCUGCGAGCCCGUCCUGGUCCGCUACAGCCACGCCUGGCCCGACAGCCUGGCCUGCGACGAGCUGCCCGUGUACGACCGCGGGGUCUGCAUCUCCCCCGAGGCCAUCGUCACCGCCGAGGGCGCGGAUUUCCCUAUGGAUUCUAAUAACGGCAACUGUAGAGGUGCUGGCAUUGAGCGCUGCAAGUGCAAGCCAGUCAAAGCUACCCAGAAGACCUACCUACGGAACAACUACAACUACGUCAUCCGCGCUAAAGUGAAGGAGGUGAAGACUAAAUGCCACGAUGUCACUGCAGUAGUGGAAGUCAAGGAGAUCCUGAAAUCUUCCCUGGUCAACAUCCCAAAGGACACUGUAAACCUCCACACGAAUUCUGGCUGCCUGUGUCCCCCGCUCAGUGCCAAUGAGGAAUACAUCAUCAUGGGCUACGAGGACGAGGAGCGCUCCAGGUUACUCUUGGUGGAAGGCUCCAUAGCUGAGAAGUGGAAGGAACGUCUUGGUAAAAAAAUAAAGGUAAUCCCUGUGCCAUCUCUCAGGUAAUUCCUGCAAUCUCUCGGGCAGUCCCUGUGCCAUCUCUCAGAUAACCCCUGUGCCAUCUCUCAGGUAAUUCCUGCAAUCUCUCAGGCAAUCCCUGUGCAGUCUCUCAGGUAAUCCCUGUGCCAUCUCUCAGGCAGUCCCCGUGCAAUCUCUCAGGUAAUCCCUGCAAUCUCUCAGGUAAUCCCUGUGCCAUCUCUCAGGUAAUCCCUGUGCCAUCUCUCAGGUAAUCCCUGUGCCAUCUCUCAGGUAAUUCCUGCAAUCUCUCGGGCAGUCCCUGUGCCAUCUCUCAGGUAAUCCCUGUGCCAUCUCUCAGGUAAUCCCUGUGCCGUCUCUCUGUUAACCCCCGUGCCGUCUCUCAGGUAAUUCCUGUGCCAUCUCUCAGGUAAUCCCUGCAGUCUCUCAGGUAACCCCUGCGCCUCUCCGUGCUAACGCCGUUCGUUUCCCCGCAGCGCUGGGACCAGAAGCUGCGGCAGGCGGGCAGGGGGCGGGCCGAGCCCGGCCCCAGCGCGGCGGCCCCGAAGCCCGGCGGGGCGCGGCAGGCUCGCAGCUGGGCGUGACCCCGCCGAGGGAUGCCGGACGCACGGGACUGGCUGCCGGGGCUUCCUCUUGGAGCAGCAAAGGAGAAAUUGCACUAUUGCACGUUAUAUUCUAUUGUUUACUACAAAGUCAUGUUCUAGCUUUUAUUAGGUUUUGUUCUCCCUCUUUGUUCUCCACCUUUUUCUUUUUGGAUAUGUGCAAGUUCUGGAAAUGUAUAUUUUUUGGUUUUUUUCUGUUGCUAAGAACUGUAGAAAACUGCCCUUAUGAGAUGAAGAAAGACAAUGUUCAAUUUACCUUUUUAUCUCCUAAAUCUUCUCUGGGAGAAAAUUCUGAUGCUAGCAGGAAUGAAAUCUGGCAAAAACCAUUGCUUAAAGUCAUAGCUCUCACGGGCUUUCCCUGUUCACUCUUUCCUGGUUACUGUUUGCUGAAACUUGCUCUCUUUUGGGUAGGUUAUCAUCUGCAUUUAAAUGUAUAAUUUUUUAUUCUGAAAUAUAAUUCUGAAUUACUUUUUUUUUUUUUUCUAAAGGAACUGUUUGAAUCAGUACAGCUUUAUUAAGUUUUCUUACAGAUAAACCACUUGCAUAAGGCAGACUCUAAAUAUUUCCCCGUGCAUGUACACAGGGAACCUGGGUUUUCCAGUGCUUUGGACCUUAAAGGAAAUAUUAUCUAGUUCUGUAACCAUAAUUUAUAACUAAAUUUAUGCUUCUUCUCUUAUAAUGGCAGUUUUUUCUCCCUUUUCUCAGCUUAGUUAUAGGAGUAGACAGACUCACCAGGUCAGUUUCUCAGUUCAGGUCUGCAGUUUAGACUUUUGAUUUUGUGGUGUUAUUCUUAAAUCUGUGCCUACAUAAACAAGUGUUCAAUGCUCAGUAACAUAUGUCCAAUAAAAGAAUUGUAGUUGCCAACCACAGACCUUACCUGACUUCUGAACCAACAUCAUAUUGCUAACACUACCCUUGAAAAUAUAAAAAUCAA